CUCUCUGGACUACGGGUGUGGAGCUGCACGCAGGAAUAUUCAUUUUCAGGCAUCUCUUUUGGGCAAUGAAAUUCAUACAGUGAACGUAAAGACAAAAAAGCCCAACAUGACGGUGGAUUUUGAAGAAUGUAUCAAAGAUUCACCCAGAUUCAGGGCAAACAUUGAUGAAGUGGAAACAGAAGUUGUUGAAAUUGAAGCUAAAUUAGACAAGCUGGUGAAGCUAUGCAGUGGGAUGAUAGAGGCCGGGAAGGCGUACGUCACCGCCAACAAGCUCUUUGUGAAUGGGAUCAGAGACCUGUCCCAGCAAUGCAAGAAGGAUGAGAUGAUAUCGGAGUGUCUGGAGAAGUUUGGUGAGAGCCUCCAGGAGAUCGUCAACUACCACAUGAUCCUGUUUGACCAGGCUCAGCGGUCUGUGAAGCAGCAGUUGCACAAUUUCGUCAAGGAGGAUGUCCGCAAGUUCAAGGAGACCAAGAAGCACUUUGACCGUGUGCGGGAGGACAUGGAGAUUGCUCAGGUGAAGAAUGCGCAGGCGCCACGGAACAAACCGCAUGAGGUGGAGGAGGCCACAGGCACCCUCAGCAUCACGCGCAAGUGCUUCAGGCACCUGGCGCUGGACUACGUGCUACAGAUUAAUGUCCUCCAGGCAAAGAAGAAAUUUGAAAUCUUGGAUGCGAUGCUAUCCUUCAUGCAUGCACAGUACUCCCUCUUUCACCAAGGCUAUAACCUCCUUGAUGAGAUCGACCCCUACAUGAAGAAACUGGCUGCUGAGCUGGACCAGCUGGUGAUUGACUCUGCAAUGGAGAAGAGAGACAUGGAGCACAAGCAUGCCACCAUCCAGCAACGGACUUUGCUACAGGACUUCUCAUACGACGACUCCAAGAUAGAAUUUAAUGUGGACGCCCCAAACGGAGUGGUGAUGGAGGGCUACCUGUUCAAGAGAGCGAGCAAUGCCUUCAAAACCUGGAACAGGCGGUGGUUCUCUAUACAGAACAAUCAGCUGGUGUAUCAGAAGAAGCUAAAGGACUCUCUCACUGUGGUGGUGGAAGACCUGAGGCUCUGUUCGGUGAAACCGUGUGAGGACAUCGAGAGGAGGUUCUGCUUUGAAGUGGUUUCCCCCACCAAGAGCUGCAUGCUGCAGGCUGAGUCUGAGAAACUCCGGCAGGCCUGGAUCCAAGCAGUGCAAGCCAGCAUUGCUUCAGCCUACAGGGAAAGUCCAGACACCUACUAUAUUGAACAUCUGGACAGGACAGCCUCUCCCUCCACCAGCAGCAUCGACUCUGCCAGCGAGCCGCGGGAGCGCAUGGUGAGAGGGGAGAGCAUCCUGCAGAGGAUCCAGUCCCUACCGGGGAACGAGUUCUGCUGUGACUGCGGCCAGGCCGACCCCCGCUGGGCCAGCAUCAACUUCGGCAUCCUGCUUUGCAUCGAGUGCUCCGGCAUCCACAGGAGUCUGGGAGUGCAUUGCUCUAAAGUCCGCUCUCUAACACUCGACUCAUGGGAACCAGAGUUACUAAAGCUGAUGUGUGAGCUCGGCAACAGCAUCAUCAACCACAUCUAUGAGGGGACAUGCGAAGAACAGGGUCUAAGGAAGCCAGGGCCCAACAGCACCAGGCAGGAGAAAGAGGCUUGGAUUAAAGCCAAGUAUGUGGAGAAGAAGUUCCUGAAGAAAAUGGUGGCUGGUGAGGUGCUGGUCAAUGGGGACCGCAAGUCAGAGCAUCGCUGGAGUGUGAAGAAGUGCCGGAGGCACAACAGCGCCACCACCGUCCCCAAAACCCGCCGGAAAUACCGCCAAGACCGCGGUAGUGCCUCCCCUGCCACUCUCUCCACAGCCACUGCUGCGCUGGAGAGAAAGUUUCACAGAGACUCCCUGUUUUGCCCAGACGAGCUGGACUCGCUCUUCUCCUAUUUCGACACGGGCUCUGGACCUCGCAGUCCGGCAGGUUUAAGCAGCGACAGUGGACUGGGCGGCAGCACAGACGGCAGCACGGACAUUCUGGUGUUCGGCCCAGUGGUGGACAGCGUCACAGAGGAAGAAUGUGAGGUGUCCGAGGACUCGAGUGGGGAGACAGAGCUGGAGCCGGAGGUGUCUGACCCCGAGGACGUGCGGGAGCUGCACCCUGGAGCGCUGCUCUAUAAGGCUUCGCACGCCCGCAACCUGCCCGUUAUGGCCGAAGCACUGGCACACGGAGCCGACGUCAACUCUGUCAAUGACGAGGAUGAGGGCAAGACCCCUCUCAUCCAGGCUGUCAUUGGAGGCUCUCUGAUAGCCUGCGAGUUCCUGCUGCAGAACGGUGCUGACGUCAAUCAAAGAGAUGCCAAAGGCAGAGGGCCACUGCACCAUGCCACAUAUCUGGGGCACACGGGGCAGGUGUGUCUGUUCCUAAAACGAGGCGCCACACAGAACGAUGGUGACGAGGAUGGGAAAGACCCACUGAGCAUCGCAGUGCAAGCCGCCAAUGCAGAUAUUGUCACUCUGUUGCGCUUGGCUCGGAUGAACGAGGAGAUGCGGGAGUCAGAGGGUCCAUUUGGGCAACCAGGUCAAUAUCCCAGUAGCAGCCCCACAGAGCAGCAGUAUAAGAAGUGCAUACAGGAGUUUAUCUGUCUCAAUAUAGCUGAGUGCUAAAAAGCAAAGUACUGGCGCCUAACCCCAGCCCCACCACCCAAGCCCAAGCCCAAGCCCAGCAAGCAUCCUCUGCAUUGUCACAGCGGGUUGGACCAAGCUGUUUUAGACAGAAAUAAUGUCUUGUUAGGUGAAAUGAUUUCUUUCAUUUCUUGCACCAUCAGACUAUAAAACUCCCUCUCUGUUCAAUUUGUAGCAAAAUUCCCUGCUGUGAAAUCAGGCCCACACUGAACACACAUUUUACUUAACCGACCGCAGCUGCUUUUAGUCUCAGCUUUGCUCACCCUCCCUCAUGAUGUUCAGGCCAUUUGCGGAGGUUUUAUUUUAGUCAUGAAAUCUCCAUCAGAGGUUAUUUUACUGUAGGAGAGAACAGAAUGAGUGCCUAAAUAAUGUGUUGGUUCUCAUCCACAGUGGAUAACAGAUCCUGCAGUAUCCCUUACAGUAAGUGAGAUACUGGCACAGAGCCAGGUACUCAAACAUUAACCCCAAAUCAAAGCCUGGCUUAAUUCACCAGAAUACUUACACGGAGACCCACAAAGGUUCUCUGCAGCCACCUGCUCCACUAUAUCUGGCUAAAACUCUAGCCAGCACCUGAGGAACUUGGUGCUGUUACAGUGGUCAUUUUUUAGCUGUCUCUUUGUCUCUCAUCCCACUGUGCAGUAUCACUGUUAAAUUCUCCAGCUGUCUUCUAGUGGCAUGUCGUGGAAUUUAUGUACAUGUACAUUUUGUAUGUUGUGGGAACAUGGCCAGGGGCCUUGAGGAAAAAUGUGGGAAUGAACGUGCAUGAAUCUUGGGAGAGUGGGGGGUUGAGGAUAGAACUGUGAUGUACUAUACUGUAAAUGUAUACAAUAGAAUCUUGAGGUUUGGGCUUAUUGCUGAAAGAAAAAAGCUAAGACAUAGGAGACCUUAUGCACUUUCUUAACUAUUGUUUUUAUGUUACUUGGAGAGAGUACUUUUCAAAUGGGACUUUAUUUUAAUUUAUGAAGGACUGCUCAGAGCAACAGUGCAAUGAUUAUUUAAAUUCAGAUUUCUGUAUGUUUUAUAUUAUGUUUUACCAAUACAAGGCAAAUAGUAUUUUUUAUAUGAUGUCAGAUGUUGGUUUUGUCGAAUGCACUCCACACACCCCUACUGCCAGCUGAAAGUUAUGCAUGUAGUUUCUACACUUAAUUACCGUAACAAUCAGUACACAAUCGCCUAUACAUUAGGAAUUCAGUAACUUUGUCAUAAAUCAGUUAUACAUUUGGUUAACAAUCUUCAGGUUAAAUGAAUGUUGUACUGCUAUGUAUAGUGCACCAUUAAUUUCUAUGUAUACUAUUCAUUUCUUGUACUGGUAUGCUACAGCAAUAGUACUACUGUCAUUGGUUUAUGCAUUGUUUGAAUAGUGCAUGUGUUGCUGGGCCUUUGUAGUCCUGCAUAUGUUUCUCUCUCAAAUCUGUGUAUGUGUAUUUGCUAUAUUGUAUGACGUCUUGAAACCUCGUAAAUGUGAUACCAAAUCUCCAAACCUGUAUAUACUAUUUAAGCAUGGGACAGAGAGCCCAUGUGGUCUUUGGUUAGAGACAAACUUCAGUCUUUGGCUAACUAAAUUUAGUCUGCUAGCGUACUGCACUGUUAUACAUCAUGUAAACUAAUAGAUUUGAACAGUCUCUUUUUUAAAGAUGACACUUGAUGCCCUAUUAGACUAUAACAUCAGCAGUCAGUGAUGCCAGAUGUGAGAUGAGAUACCACUCAGCCCUGUGGAAGGAUUUAAACAUUAAACAUUAGAUCAGUACCACUAAGAUAUAGGGGCAGUGAGAUGUUUUUCAUUUCAUCAUUCAUCUUCAGGGCAUUCCUUACAUAACACCUUACAGCUUUAAUUGGAGCCUGUCUAAAUGCCUCAGAGAUUGCACAAGCAGCAGAUUUGACUUUAUUUGUCAUCUUAUAGCUCAACCCAAUCUUAAAUUAAAUUAACUUGCUCAGUGCUAAUUUGUGAUACUGUAACUCGUCUCAGAUGUAACUCUGUUUCUCUUUAACCAAAGACCUCAAGUUUUAUAAGUCACUUGCACCAUUAUAAGUGGGGAUUUAAAAGAUGCCAUCCCCAAAUCCUUGUUAAAUUGAGGGUGCGAUUUUGAUUCUUCUGUUGAAUUGCAAGUUCUAGAAAGCAGUGUCCAUGUGCUGUGGGAAUGUGUGACGUGUGAUGGACUAGACUGUUAGGGCAUAUCGUAGUUCCUCUGGGAGGCGUGAUUCCCAUUUGAGCUGUAGUGCUGACUGGAAUUCACCAGACUGUUGGUCAGUUGUCCUCUUCUGCUGCCGUUUUUAGCUCAGAAAAUAUGGAUGUAUGUUCAUAUUUAAGUGUGAGGGCUUCAUUGCCCCUCUGAUAUUGCCUCCACACUGUUAGAUACAAGAGGUUGAGCCUGCUGUGUACAGCAAAUUAACAUAUGAGAUGAAUAGUUAGUAUGUUUACUAGACACGGAAAUGGAGUGGCAUGUUGAAAUUACCAAAACAAGAAGCUUGAACAAGUAGUGAUGCGCCAAAUUCAUUGGUGAACCAAGAAAAAAACAAAAUGGAAGGCCUUUCCCAACAUGUAAAUAUGCUUGAGCUUCUAACAUGUUUACCGCUUGCUUUUAACAUAAAGGUGUCUUCUCCUGUACUCUUUUUGUUUCUUGCUACAGUCUGAAAAAUAUGUUUGAAUAUUGUCUGAGAAUUUCAAUACCCUUGUGUAAGCCUACUGCUGUUAUUUGUAAAAAUGCUUUUGUUUCUUUUUUUCUUCCUUUUUUCUUUUGCUUUUAAAACUCUGACACAAUACUGAGAAUAAAUAAGCAACAUGGCUUAACCUCUAACCUUUCUCUCUGUCUCUCUCUCAGUUAUGCAAUUCUGCUUCAAUGCUUCGCCUCUUCUUCUUGUACUAACUGCAUUAACUCCUGUUGGGGGGAGUUAAGGGUUAAACUGGGAUCUCAUGGUACUUAAGCAAAUCAAUGUUUCCACUAUGCUCAUUUAACACAAGAGAAUAACAAUCAAAGGUAGCUUUAUCCUAGUGCGCUAGUCAGUGUUGAACCUUUGUAUUUGUGGAUAUACUGUAUCUCCAUGGCUCUGGGAAUCUGUUUAGAUAGCACUGUCCAAACAGAGAUCUUGGUCACUCAUGGGCUGGAGCAGGGUAUUUUUCUCUUUGUCUACCAUCAAGGCACAGCAAUUUCUCAUAGAAAAGCCUCAGUUGAAUCUGUCGUCCCUGCCAUAGUUUUAGCUGUUGCCAUGGUCACCAUGAAAGUAAGUCUGAAAGAGAUGGGAACAAGUGUGGCGUUGUGGUGCCUAAUGUUAGCGUAGGAGUUUGGUGUUUCUGCAGCUUUACUGCCCCCUGUGAUGGAGCAUGAAACUGUUUCAUCGGUUUCCUAAUACAUGUAUUAUGUAUCAGGAAGUCCAUGCUGUAAUGUAUGACUGCUGUAAUUUAAUGUUUUAUCUAGAACAAGGUUAUAAGGCAGCUAACCCCCCCUCUCUCUCUAUCUGUGUGUGUAUGUGUGGAAUGUCUGUGAAGAGAGCGAGGUGUGUGCCUUGUUGAGGACUACGAGGUGUGUGCCUUGUUGAGGAGCAUGCAGUUCCAUCUAUUUUUCUAUGCAUCUAGUUUAGCAUAGAAUAACAUGUAGAGGGAAAGACUUUCACUAGGGGGAUACUAUUACAGGGAUAGUAUUUUAUCACCACCAGAAAUGUUCAUAUGACUUUAGGUAUGGGAAUGGGUGUAUUGCAUUAGUGACCAGAAUCUCUUCUGCUAAAUAAUAACACUCAGCUUUGCACUGAUUUCCUCUUAUG